UCAAUCAAAUAGUAGAAGUAAAACAAAUGGCUUGUGUAACCAAAGAGACCAUAAACCAAAAUCAAGAAAUUGAUAACAACAAUCUUGGAGUUGAUACAAGUGGCUUAAUGUUGGCUGCUAAAUUACCAAAAGUACGCGAUGGGGACUCUGUGAGACGUCCACGUGGCAGACCAGCUGGCUCGAAGAACAAGCCGAAACCACCAAUCAUAAUCACAAGGGACAGUGCUAACGCCCUGAGAGCACACGCGAUGGAGGUAAAUUCAGGGUGUGAUGUGAACGAAAGCCUAGUGAAUUUCGCGAGGAGGAAGCAACGUGGUAUAUGUGUUCUGAGUGCAACAGGGUGUGUGACAAACGUGACAUUGCGUCAACCAGCUACAUCAGGGUCCAUUGUGACAUUACAUGGACGAUUUGAAAUCCUCUCGAUACUCGGGUCAGUCCUACCACCGCCUGCUCCACCAGGGGUAACAGGGCUCACAAUUUACUUAGCUGGGGCUCAGGGGCAGGUAAUUGGUGGGGGUGUGGUGGGUGCACUCAUAGCCUCAGGACCAGUCAUCAUCAUGGCUGCAACGUUCAUGAAUGCAACGUUUGAUCGUUUGCCAUUAGACGAUGAUGAUCUCGUUGCUUCCACUGCUGCUCAAAAUCAACAUUACCAGAAGACUCAACAACGUCAUCAGGUCGAUGUCCCGGAUAUCUAUGGCUUGCCACAGAGUGUAAUUACUAAUGGGGCUUUACAUCCUGAGGUUUAUUCAUGGGCACCUGGAAGAACUCUAUCAAAGUCCUAGAUUUUUAGUUAAAGAGUUUGAAGUUGAAAAAAAUAAUAAUAAAGGCAUCAUAAUAUGUAGACAUUUGAUAUUUUAUUGUACUAGUACUCAAUCUUAUAAAGUUCAAUAGUAUUGUCACUCGUUACGAAUGUUCUUUUAGUUAUAUGACUGAGUUUUAACGAGUAAGCCAAACUUACUGAGUUUGGCUAAAAACAGGGUUUCCCCUGUUUCUUUUGAAGGAAAAAAACUAAAUCACAUUUUGGAGAACAGAAUUCUGUUUCUUUUCCUAUGGAA